CCAACAUUCUUGGCCAUUAACAAACACUUUUCAAGUUUCAUCACUACGUAGCCACAAUAAUGCAGUACGAAACAGAGUCAUGGGUCGGGUCGAAUAACGGUUACAUGGAUAUUGACCCGGUUGAGCACAUAGAGAGGUUAGCCUCAGACAACGCCGUGGUCAUUUUCAGUAUGAGCAGCUGUUGCAUGUGCCACGCAAUCAAGAGACUCUUCUGUGGUAUGGGAGUAAACCCCACUGUACACGAGCUGGACCUUCACCCCACUGGAUCCCACCUCCACUCUGCUCUACUCACUCUUCUCGGCUCUUCCUCCGCCCUUCCCGUCGUUUUCAUCGGCGGAAAACUCGUCGGAGCAAUGGACAGAGUCAUGGCUUCUCAUAUCAAUGGUACUCUUGUCCCUCUUCUGAAAGAGGCCGGAGCUCUUUGGCUUUGAACAUUUCACCACCACCACCAUCACAACAACCACCGUCGCCGUCGCCGUCGCCGUCGCCGUCGCCGUCACUGUUUUGUUUUUGCAUAGAAUUAGAAAAAGGUUGAAGCUUGCAGAGGUAGUGGAGUUUGAGUGUUCUUCUUCUUUUGAAAAAUCUAAUCUAAUUAAGUAAUCACUAAUUAAUAUCUAUAUAUAUUAUAUAAUCUUUUUUUUUUUUUUUCAUGUUAUGAUUUUUCUUUGUAUUUUGCACUAAUUAAUCUUUUUUUUUUUGUGUGUAAUUUUCUCCCUCCUCUGUAUACCAAAGAAAACAGAAAACGAAAAAGAAAAAA